AUGGGACUCUCGAAGAGCGCAUUCCGAAGAUUCUGCACUGAUGACGUGGAGACUUCACUUCAAAUAAUUUGUGAACGCGAUGCCCUGGUCAAUAUUGAGAACUGGGAGGGCCUACGCUGGCAACCGAGAGAGCCCACUCUUCGCCCCUCAACGACCGCCAACUUCGUUAAUAUUCUGGGUUUGGAGGUUCUAGCAUUCAAGGGAAUACUACAA